UAUCAUACGCGAAAUAAAGAUAGUCGAUAAUAUUCGAUAUUUUUUAGACUUAUUGGCGAUCAGCUGUUUUGAAAACGAACAAACAAGUAUUAUAUUAAAAAGAAAACUUAAUCUAGUUUUGUAUUAAUAGAUAUUCAAUAUUUUAUAAAUAAAAUGACAACGGCUGCAAGACCUACGUUCGAACCUGCUAGAGGAGGACAAGGACGUGGUGAAAAAGAUUUAAGUGCAAUAUCAAAACAAUAUAGCAGCAGAGAUUUACCAUCACACACGAAAUUAAAAUACCGAGAACAUGGACAAGGAACAAUAGAGGAAUUGCGAAAUCGAGAUUUUCGUAAAGAAUUAGAAGAACGUGAACGUGAAAGAGAAAAGGAGAAAAGUUCUAACCGUCGUAUGAUAGAACCACCUCGAGAAACUUCUACAACGAGUGCUAAAAGACAGAAAAUUGAUCAAGUACCUACAGCAAGUUUAGAUGCAGAUGAUCCUCUUGAUGAUGAUGAUUCAGAGUCAGAAAGCGAUGAAGAUGAUACUGCUGCAUUAUUAGCAGAAUUACAACGUAUUAAAAAAGAAAGGGCUGCGGAACAAGCUAAAAAGGAAAUGGAGAAACGACAGGAAGAGGAAAGAAUAAGAAUGGAAAAUAUUCUUUCUGGAAAUCCUUUACUAAGUUAUUCUUCUCAGAGUGGAAGAACAGAUAUGAAAGUCAGACGACGAUGGGACGAUGACGUUGUAUUCAAAAAUUGUGCUCGUUCCGAACCAAAAAAGAAACAUGAUGUAUUCAUAAACGAUUCAUUAAGAAGUGAAUUUCAUCGUAAAUUUAUGGAAAAAUAUGUUAAGUGAAUGAACUAUAUAAAAAGUAUAUAUUAUUUGUUUGUAUAUAGUUUUAAGUUAAUAUUCGUAUGUUAAUAUGUAAGUAUCUUAUGUUAUGCUUACAAAUAGUGUAAGAAAUUAUUCUUAAAAAUUUAAAAAUGGAUUACGAAUGGCUAACUUCAUAAGCAUAUUAUUAAAUUGCAUAUAUCCAAUUUUAUGUACACACGUAUAUAUGUAUAUGUGUGUGUUCAUUAACGACACGUUAUAUUCACAAAAUUUACUGAAUUAAAAUACGAACAAUUAAUAGCCAUCGUACGGUUUGAAUCUAAAAAUAGAAGGCGUUAUCAAGAUUUUAUCGAUAUUUUAUUCAAUUCAACAAGAUUCAGGAAAUUUUAUUGUCCGCAAUUUUUCUUUUAUGCACUCAAUCUAUCUCGAGGAGGUUCCACUCUAACAAAUUCGCAAAGAAAUCGUUAAAUUCUUAUAUAUAUAAAAAUAAGCGUACAAAUAAUUGGAGUGAGAGAGUAAAGGGAGAGGAGCAGGGUGAGCUAGAGUGGGGUAAGGUGAAUCAAGGUAGAAUGUAUUGGUCUGACAGAGAUCGUUGAUUGUGUGAGGGGGGAAAAAGGAAGAAAGAGAGAAAGAGAAAGAAAGAGGUAGAAUAGAGGGAGAGAAAAGGAACAAGCUAGCCGAGUAUACUGGAAGUUUGUCCAGGCAAUGUAGGUACGUGUUUCGGUAGCGGUGCGAUCCGGCCUCGGCGGUGGUGGUGCUGACGGCAGCAAGCGCGUGUAAACCGCUGGGUCAAGUAUAACCGGUCCCAGGGUCCCCGGAGCAGCCGGAGGCAGCAGGCAGUCUACCGGUACGACGCGCAGCUGGUUAUCGCCGGUAGACUCCCUGGCACCGACCUGGCCAACUAACGCAACAGGGACACACGAGGGACCGGCUCGACUCAACCGGUAGAGAGACAGAGAAAGAGAGACGACCGUUCACUGGUAGAUCGCUUCAAGAUGAUUUCUGGGAAGAGAUAUGUCGUACGUUACGGUACGACCGAUCGGUUCUCCGUGCGGUUGAAUUCGUCAUCGCCAAUUUCAUCCUCUUCGGCUUCUUCUCGAACCUUCAAAUUAGGAGAGGUGCCGCUUAAAUACCAUUUUUCGGAUCUGACUAAUCGCGAUCCUUGUGGUAUUUUACAAUUUCCAUUGUGUUAAUGUGACUAUAAUUGAUAUUUUAUUCGAGAAGUUUCAUCCAAGUAAUGCGUGUCGUUACGUGUAAUAAUAUAAACUUUGAGAAGAUUUAUUUUCACGAUAAUUAGAUCGUAGAUCGUUACUCAUCUUUCUUGAACUCUCUAAAACAAUAAAAUUAGUGUAUGACGACUAGUUUUAUAACUUGAUCACGAUCGAUAAAAUAAAUAAUUUGAAUGAAAUUAUAUAACAAUCGCUUGUUCGCUUUAACCAAUUGUAACAACGAUAAUAUUCAAAUUUUUCAAAUGCGAAAACAAUUAUUUCUCAUAUUUUCAUAUUUAAAAUCGAUUAACAAAGUUUAAAUCAUAAUCUGAUCUCAUUUAUUUUUCGCGAUGUUCAAAAAUUCAAAUUAUCGUUAAAUUUUCUUGAUGCAAAUCUAAAAAUGAAACGAAAGGAGAAAGAUAUAUGCUCGAGAAAAUGCAAUGGUAAAUUGGUAGACACACGGUCGAACACGGUGCGCUAAAAAUGCAGAGUUGUCGAGUUUUCUUCAAGAGGAUAAUCUCCGAGGGAGGGAUUUCCCCGGUGAACGCACCUCUGGAUUCUGCAGCGGCCGAUGCUCGACGGGAAUUCGCCCUGAAGGCACUCUCCCUUCCUCUCCCUCUCCCUUUCACUCCUUUCCUCUCCCUCUUUCCCUUUAACUCUCUUUUUCUUCUUACCUCCCUCCCUUCCUCUUGUACACUCCUCUCUCUCUCCUCUGCUGCCACAUUUUUUAUUUACCUCCUAUAUUCCUCUAUUUACUUUAUUUAUUCCGUUGCUGUUGGUCAGUCGAGAAAGAGUGUUGGACGAAAGAGAGCGAGAGAGAGAUAGAAAAAGAGAGAAGUAUGGCGAGCGAGAGAGAGAGAGUAAACUGCAGCAUCUCUUGCUUUUCUCCAAGAGUUCCAUCCAUGGACGUGCAGAAUGACGAGCCAGGGCUGUAAGCUACUAACAUUUUAUUGGGUGAGCCGACAUGCAUCGAUAAUGGAAUCCCCAUCCUCCUCUUCAAACAUGCUUUCAGGAUUAUCUCCGUGGAAUUGAGAUCCGAACAUUGCGGAAUAAGCGGAUGGUAUGCGUGUGCCCGACACCUGUAAGAAGAACAUUGGUAUGUGCUUAAUGCCUGUCACAUGCAACCGGCCGGAGUUGUUUGCGCGACCAAGUAGAAUUUUAGUGUCGUCGCUGUUAAAAUAGAGUUAUUAUGUUGUAUUAUAUUUGAUAAUUGAUAAUAUUAAUUCGAUCCGAAUAAUCAUAUUUAUUUACCAUGUAUUUUCAAUAAAUAAUCGAAGAAAUAUCAAGAUA